CCCCUCCACUCUAGCAUUAAUUCGCGUCACGCGUUUUUGCCAUGCGGCGUGUUGUUUCCUGAUCCAAUCCCGCAGCCAACUCUUUACGACGAAUUCCAACUGCCUGCCACGGCCGACUUUGUAUUGCUACUCGUGUAGAUCAGCCCUACACAAUCGCUGGCGUUUGCGCGUCACAUCUGCCACCAACCUGCUGCGGAAGGCUGCUUAAUCCACGGUUACUACGUGUAUGCAUUGAGCCAUCCCGAACCGGCAUCAUAUCGAAGAAAAAUGGAAGUCAGUUCCAGUGCUCCAGAUGGCACAGCAGAAUCUCGACGCAGAUCUGGAAGAGUAGUGCGAAAGCCUGACGUCUUUGCGGAGGAACUCUAUGAUGGUAGCCUUCCCACCAACGGCACCACCAAGCGAAAACGGCCGGCCCCUGCAACGACAGUAGACAAUGAACAAGAUGACGACCAAGAAGAUGAGGACGAGGAAUCCGAAGAAGACGAAGAUGAAGAUGAACCUGAUGAGGAAGAGUUGAAGGCGCAACGUAGGGCAAGGAGAGCGAAGCCGCAAGCGGCAAAGCCUGCCACCAAGAGAGCAAAGACUACCAAUGGCCCAAGUACAACAUUGGCUUUUCGUUCAGCCGAUGCACAGAAAGGAGCUGGCAGUAAAGCAAGCAAAGCUCAAAAGGCACGCGCUCGCCCGAGUCAAGCGCAUCAACAAGGUCUAUAUGCCGAAGUCUUCGGCAAAGGACAGUCGCCCGAAGAUGCAUCGUCAGUCUGGUUUCAGUCGGUUCAGAGCGAUAGUGUCGCUGCCAUCCGAGACCUGAUCAACUUCGUACUCCAAUGCAUCGGCUGCGACUCCAAAAUCGAAUCUCAGGACAUUGAAGACUUGGAUUCAGUGCCCACCAGGCUCGGUGAUGUACUACAAGAAUAUGAACAGCAAAAGGCACCAGACUAUCCUCUGGUCUCAAAACAGAAACAGUAUGCUGGGUUUCAGACCGUUCUGGAAGAGUUCUUUAAAGCCAUCAUCAAGGCGCUGCACGUCUCAGGGGCUUUCUACGAUCAGCCUGAAGUCUAUGAUAAUAUACACGUCUGGGUUGCAACAAUGUCGGGCGCAAACUACAAAUCCUUCAGGCAUACAUCCACAAUCAUCUCGUUGGCAAUGAGUACUGCUCUUUGCGAGGUUGCAAAAGAAUUGCAGGAGACCAUGGCAACACUGAAAACCCAGCUUGACGCCGAGAAGAAGAAAAAGAGCGUCAACAAAGCCCGUGUUAAGACUAUUGAAGCAAGCCAGAAAGACACAGAAGCAAAACUUGAGACCAUCGACACUCAAUUACGAGACGCGUUCGAUACUGUGUAUGUUCACCGAUACCGAGAUAUUGAGGAAAGAAUCCGAGCUCCAUGCGUCGCUGCGCUUGGAAGUUGGAUUGUGCUAUACCGCAAAAUGUUCCUUGAAGGUCAAUUUCUGCGAUACCUGGGAUGGGUCCUGAACGACACCAGCUCUCAGACCCGACUUGAAGAUGUAAAACAGUUGAAAAUCCUGUUCAAGAACAAACACAACAUCGCUGCUCUGAGAGCUUUCACAGACCGGUUUCGACCUAGACUGGUGGAGAUGGGAGCCAGAGAUGCUGAUGUCAGUGUCAGAGUUGAGGCCAUUGAACUUUUGGACAGGUUACGUGACGCAGAGCUGCUGGAGCCUGACGAUAUUGACACCAUAGGACGGCUGACAUUCGACAGCGAGCCACGCAUACGAAAAGCCGUUGCCAAGUUCUUUGUCUCAAAUACUGAAGAUCUCUACAAAGCCACUGUUGAGGACUUCGACGAGGCUCAAUAUCAGGAAGCUCUGCCUACGGAGGACGACACAGAUGAUUAUCUGGUGCCUUCGCGGUCGUGGAUAAAAUUCAAAUGUCUGGGAUCAAUACUUGCCGGAUAUGACAGCGACGAGGAGUCAUUAGAUGGCGCAAAUACUCGAUCUCUUCCCAUGGAUAACUCAAGUGACUCUCGAUACACGCUUGCCACGCAAUCCAUCUAUCCUCAUAUGAAAGAAUUGCAUGAGUGGGAGCUACUUGCAGGCUACCUUCUCUACGACCAUUCUUCGAUUCCAGCAUCUGGUGGAGAAGAUGAUAUCAACAUUCAAGUACAGCAAGCUUACCAAUUGAGCCCCGGCGAAGACAUCAUCUUGCUGGACGUCCUCCAUUCUGCGGUCAAACAGCACCUGUCAUCCAUCCUGGAACCUUCAAACAGUCGCAAAACCAAUGCAACCAAAGAUCAGAUUCGAGAAAAACAAGAAGCUGCAGCACAGAAUCUCACUGAGCUCCUGCCUAAGCUUCUCAGCAAAUAUGGAAGCACCCCUCAAUCUGCUUCAUCUAUUCUUCGAAUCGAGCAGUUGCUUGACAUUGGCCUGAUAAAUGACUUGCAAAGUGGUGAGGCCACCUACUCCGCUAUGCUUGACGACAUCAGUAAACAAUUCACCUCUCAUUCGGACAAGAAGGUCCUUGCUGCAGCAAGUGUCGCCUUCAGAAAUGCCAGGAAUUAUGAGCAGAGCAAAGAAGCGGCCGACGCUAAGGUUCACGAAAUCUGGACCGAGUCUGUCACGACACUUGCCGGCCUCCUUCAAGGCAAGGAAGUCGAGAAGAGAGGCAGCUUAGCCAAGUCGACACUUGCUGCGGUGGUCAAUGUAGCGCUGAGACUCGCCGAGCUUGCCGGUGUGUAUGACUGCAGCCAUUUAGUUGAGUCCAAGCUGGGCUCUAGCACGAACAAGAAACAAAGAGGGAAAGCGAGCGAACAAGGCAGUCUCAUCGACCUCUUCCUCCAGCUUCUUAAGCGUGGUGAGCCCGACGCAGACACAACAGAUGCCUUUGCCGAGCUAGAAGAUCAGCUGUGUACUGCUCUCAUCGAGCUUUUCUCACGCUAUUUCCGAUGGAAAGUGUUUGGCUUGAAGAAAGCCAUCUCCGCCAAUGAUGUGGGCCAGCUCUCAACGAGGUCACUUUCCGAGUUUGCUAUGACGAGGACAGCAUUUGUGCAGAACGUCGCUCCAAUCAUUAUCCUGCGCACGCCUUUGGAUCCUGUACGCUACAAUGCCAUCCUGAAUGUGCUAGAGCUGUUCGCGCUCUUUACUACGAUCAGAAACAUGCAUUCAGACAAGGACGAACUGGAUGAAGACACUGAGCGAGACCUCAACAGCCUCAUCACCAACAUGCCCAGCGACAUUGUCCGAGAAGUCAUGGUCACACAUGAGAGGUUGGAGAAGUCAUUCGCCAAGAAGACGCGUAGAAAAAUCGAGACGAACGAUAAACGCAAAUCCAAAGAUCUGGUCCAGGACGAUGAGGAAGACAUCGAGAAGCCGCCCGAGGACUCUGAUGAUGAAGCAGAAGACUUGGACCUCGACGAGGAUGAUGACGAGGAUGGCUUUGAGGGAGCCGGCAAGGGAGCAAAGAAGCAGGCUGCUCUUCUAGCAGAACAGAACCUGUGCGAGUUGACAAGUAAGAUCAUCUUUGCACUUGUCGGGGGCGCGAUCAAGGACGAGAAAGUCAAGCAGAGACUCAUGCUGAAUCGGACAAAGUUGGGCAAGAAUUACUCAACGUUGCUUUCGUAUCUUGAUGAUAAGAAAGACAAGAAGAAGGCAAAGGCGAAUGUCAAGGCUGACGCGAAGAAAGGUGGUGCAGAUACUGCUAGAGCCAAAGCGCCGUCGAAGCCUGCCGUAGGGCUGUCCGAGGAGAUGGUCGUUGAUGACGAUAUUGAGGAUGGUGAUGAUGAGGAUGAAGAAGAGGCGCAGAGACGGCGCGAUUUAGAAGAGGUCGAAGAUGAUGAGCAGGAAGAAGCUGAUGAUGAGGGUGGACGCGAGGAGGUUGAGGAGGAUAUCACAGGUGAUUGAGCGGUGUAUUAUACUAUGGCCGUUGAUGAAUUCGGUGUUUUUCGAGCAUCGCGCGAGCGAGGAUUUGCCUUGAGCUGGAUGUGCAGCAAGACAGUCACAUAAGAUUGUGUGUAAUAUGUACGCUGCGAUAAAGCGUUCUUGAUUGCUUGGUUCUGAUCUCCUAUCUUUUGUCUGUUUGUGCUUUUCAUACA